AAAGAGAAAAAAAGUAUAAGGCCCAAACGGUUACAGCGAGUUUAUCCUGAGCUCAGAUUUCUGCUUCCAUGGCGGCCAUUCCAUCUUCCUCACUACAAUUCCCUAACUCUCUCACACUUCCUUCCAAUUCAAAGCCUCCCAAGCCCAAGCUUCUCACCUUCCUAACCAGGGCAGCAGAUCCGGAAUCUCCCGCCGGCGAUUCUGAACAACCUGGAUCUGACGGCGACGAUUUCGAGGACCGACUCGCCAAAGUCCGAAUCCGAUACCGAAGCGGAACAGGAAAGAAGGCAGAGAUACGGAAGGCUCGCAAGUCCAAGCAAGGUUCUACCACUGCCGCCUCGUCGGUGUACCUACCGCCAGUGUCUCUGAAGGAGGCGGUUUCCGGGGGACUUAAAGUGGAAUUCGGAUUUAGUCCGUACAGCGAGAGGAUCAAUGGUUGGAUUGCGAUACUCGGAAUAUCGGCGUUGGUUCUUGUGGAAUUGGCUACCGGAAAAAGCGUCAUCAGUUAUCAUACGCCGGCGAUUAUACUGAUUCAAGUGUAUUUUGUGGCGGCGGUUGCUGCGGUGUAUAUCAAAUACGAGAAGGAGAAGGUUAGCGUUUGGCCGUCGGAUGAAAUCAAAAGUUAGAAUGAAGCUUUGUUUAAUAAAUUCAGUAAUUUUUUGGGAUGAUUUUCAUUUUCUGUUUCUGAAUUUCUACAUUAAUUUUGAGUUAUGUAUGAAUGAACACUAGAACUAGAAAUAAUGUGCAGUGGUUCAAGUGUUUAAUUUAACUAAAAUCAAUUCUUUUAACUA